AUGCCUCACGAGAUCAAGAUGAACCUCCAAGAGCUUACCGCUCGAAGUGCAAAAGAAGGGCUACUCUGCCCUGCUGAACAGACCGGCAGUCGUCCGGAUCACUUGUCCUGGAUCCUCGCCGAAGCCAAACGCCGGACUCUUUACGCAGUGUGCAUGUUCGACGAUGUGGUGAAUACGUUGAGCAACAUGCCUUGCGUGCUCGGUAAUGAAUUGGGCAUUCUGCCUAUGACUUGUAGUAAAAUGCUCUGGCUGGCUUGCUCGUCUCAAGACAACGGCAAAUAUCUCCAACCACAAUACACAGGAGUGGAAGACAUUGAUCGCCAAGCAGACGCACAAGAUUCAGUCGUUCGCAAAGAAGACGAGGUAAAAGUACACGAACGAGAAGAUGUCACGGUCAAGGAAGAGCAGAGAGGUGACCAUAAGCCUCAACAGCCAUGA